UCUUUUCUUCCCUUAGUAAGCAGAAGUGCAGGAGGAAGAGGAGGAGGAGGAGGAGGGAGAAGGAGGGUGGUCCCUUAACUUAGUUUGCAAGAGCUGCCCCCCACCCUGGCUUGGGAUUUUAAGGUGUGCCCAGCCCUGCUGUGAGUUUGGUCUGUGGGCCUGGUGGAGCCCUGCCUCAGUCCUUGAGGGGGCCCCCACCACUGCCUGUAGCCCCCUAGAAGGGGUGUGUGUGUGUGUGUGUGUGUGUGUGUGUGUGUGUGUGUGUGCAAGCGAGCCGAGUUCUCUCCCAUCCCUGCAGUGCUUUUUGGAAGAGCCCAACAUGGGGCCGGUCCUGUGAAAGCAGAAGUGGGCCCUGGGCUUGGCUUCUGCUCGGUAGCUCCUCUCCCUGUUCUCUCCCUUGGGCGAUAGGAUGCUUUGCCUGGCCCUGUAGCUCCUGCCUUGUGAGCCCAGACCCCCCCCCCCGCCCCCCGCACUGCCCAGUGUGCUGCUGUCAUGGCUGGCCAGAGCCCCUGGCGCCCGUGUGGGGCCCUCUUCCUCUUGGCAGUGCUCUUCCCCCUGGAGCUGAGUUUGCGGGAGGGCCGGGGGGCGCCUGUCCCUGAGGAUGCCCCCUCGGCAGCCCCCUCCCUCCCCCUCAUCCAGAUGCUUCUGGGCCAGGUGCCCCCCAGGGCCAGGCUCCCCGCUCGGCACAGGAGACGAGCCGGGGGGCCGCCGCUGCGCUUCAUGCUGGACUUGUAUCGGAGUGUCGCUGACCGGCACGGGCGCCCUCGCAGGAACCGACACCUGGCCACCAACACCGUCCGCCUGGUCAGGCCUUUUGCUAAAAACUGCCAGCCUGAGGCAGGCCCCCGGCUGCUCUGCAAUCUCGACUACCGCCUGGAAGUGCAGCUGCCGGAGGAGCACCUCGUGAAGGCCACCGUGGUCUACUCCAGGACUCUUGCCUCGGCAGCUCAUGGCCCCUCCCUGUGCACCACCAGGCUGCUCUCUGGCCUCGGGGCCCUGCCUCAAGCCCCCGUCAGCCUUGCUCACCCCCACGCAGACCCAACAACAAACGCCACCCGCUUCCCUGCCCAAGACAGCUGGGUGGAGAUGGACCUCCCCUCCUUCCUCCAGCCCUGGGUCUGGUCUGCCCGGCAGAGCCAGGUGCUCCAGCUGCACCGUGCGUGCGCCUUCGUGGGGGAGCCUGGGGACCCCACCCCUGAGCCUGGCUGGGAAAGCGCCGUCUCCCUGGAGGACCCCUUCUUGCUGCUCUACUUGAAUGACACGCGGAGGAGGGCGCUCCGGCCGGGGAGCUCGGCGGCCAAGGAGGCGCCUUUCCACCCAAGGCCUCCGAGAAGGCUGGCCCAGGCGCGCAGGACCCGGCAGGCCGGCCGGCUGGCCCUGGACCUCCCCAGCUACAUCCGCGUGAACUAUGCCAAGCAGGGCGAGUGUGCCCUGCACCCCUUCCGGGUCAGCUUCAGCCAGCUGGGCUGGGACCACUGGAUCAUCGCCCCCCACUGGUACCGGCCCCAGUACUGCAAGGGCGGCUGCCCCCGACUCCUGCGCUUGGGCUACAACUCCCCCAACCACGCCAUCGUCCAGAACCUGAUCAACGAGCUGGUGGACCAGAGCGUCCCCCGGCCCUCCUGCGUCCCCUACGAGUACAGCCCCAUCAGCGUCCUCAUGAUCGAGCCGAACGGCAACAUCCUCUACAAGGUGUACGAGGACAUGAUUGCCAAGUCCUGCACCUGCCGGUAGACCCCUCCGGGGAGGGGCCGUCUACAGGGAGGCGCUCGGCCUCAAGGUGGGGCACUCCUAGAGGCCAGGUGGCCCUCCGACCUGCUGGCCACGAGGACCCCACAAGUGCUGCAGAACUGGCUUGCUUUGCAGGCCUUUAGAAACGGCAGCUGCACCAAGAGGAAGAGGAGCUAUCCAGGAGAGGGGGCAGAAAAUUGCUGCUUGUGUUUGGGUCUUACUGUUGGGAGGAUUCAGGCCUCCUCUUCUUCCUUUCUUUUUGCUUGACCCAGUCUUUAGAGGAAGUGGCCCAUCUGUCUUGAAGGAAAUGUACUUCUGCAAAGACCCAGGACUGGCGAGUUAAGAGCUGAUCUGUCUCGAAGACUUCCCCCUUUGACCCUCGGGAUCUCCUGCUGCUGCUGCUGUGUAUGUUAGGGCUGCCUUGAGCCCCUGAAUUCUCAUUGCUGUCCUGGAUGGGCACUUCACACCCUCGUCUUCCUUCCUCUUGGAUGUGCUGCUGGUCCCCAGCGAUUGUACCCUCUCACUACGCAAAUAAAACCUUGCACUGUUACUGUCACCUGCAAUGUUGGGAGAUGUGAACCAGUUGGGUGUUGAAAUGGAAAACCAAAACAAAAAAAGGGUUUCAAGGUUCUGUGGGGAGGGGGAGGGAGAGAGAAGUCAGCUGUGAGGACCCCCCCCCCAUAUCCCACAGUUGCUCCUUAGAAUGGGGAGGGUUUUAAGUCUGUUUCUGGGGUGUGUGAGGGGGGGAGAAUAGAAUGUCUGAAUGCAUGUUUUAAGCUGGAUUUAGCCAUUGUUGGGGCUGGAGGGGAAGGGUCAAGGUGGCCGGGUCAGAUCCCACCCACCCCAACUCUGGCUGGCUGCUGCAGCUGUCCUGGCUAAAUGCAGGUCUCCACUCUGCCUGGACCUCUUUAAGCCUGUCCUCCCAGCCCCUGGCUGGCCUGAGCAGGACUUGGGCUGGCAGAGCACGUAGGCUCACCCUCCUCUCACACACAAUCACCCUUCUGACUUGGAGCUCUCCAGAAGCUGCCUCUGGAGACAGCUGUGAUGGCAACCUGGUCUUGGGCACCAAGCAGCCCCCUGCUUCCCCGCCCCACUGCCAUGGGGUGCUUCUGGCUUGGCCUUGUGGUCCUCUCAUCCUCCCCCGCCCAUCCCUGAACACGCUCUCACCUGCCUGGUCCCAAAUGAAUUUCCAGGGAGCUGGGACACCCUUCUGUUGAUUACCUAGUGUAUUGAAAUGAGAUGAGCUCUUGUCAAUAAAUCUGGUUUCUUUUGCUAAA